UCCGCCGCCGCCGCCUCAGUACCAUUUCAACUUCGGGAGGGAAGAGACAGACAUCCCGAAGAUACAUCCUAGUGAUACAGCGCCCGGGUCGAGACAUAGGGGCGUGCCACUGCGAGACACAAACACACGCACACACACACACUCCCGCUAACCCACACACGCUAAUCCUUCAAACCACAUCCUGAGUUCCUGCAGGAGUCUCUAGGAUCCCCCAAAACCACCUCCUGCUGUUCCUCCUGCUCUCCUGAAGGUCAAAAUGGAGCCCCGAAGGUUUGGACUCCGCCCUGUCAACGCCAGCAUCCCCAGAGGCUCCUCCGCCGCCCCCAGCAACCCCAGCACCGGCGCCUCCAGGAUACCGAGGGCGUGGCGACCCCAGGGACCCCCGCAGACCCAUGGAAAGCCCAGCAGGAUACUCAAGAAGGAAGAGAAGGAUGAGCUAUUGAGGAAGUUGACCCCCAUGCAGUACAGAGUGACGCAGGAGAAGCUGACGGAGAGACCCUACUCCAACAAGUACUACAAGCACUGGGAGCGCGGGGUGUACGCCUGCGUGGUCUGCGGCGAGGAGCUCUUCCUCUCACACACCAAGUACGACGCGGGCUCCGGCUGGCCUUCCUUCUACGACAUCAUUGAUAAGGACAAAGUCUCCCUCAAGCAGGACCUCUCGCACGUGGGCGCCAACCUGCUGCUGCUGGUGUGCAACCCGUCCCUGGCGCGUACGGAGGUGGGCUGCAGCACCUGCGGCGCGCACGUCGGCCACCUCUUCGAGGACGGACCCAAGCCCACCGGCAAGCGAUUCUGCGUCAACUCGGCGGCGCUCGAGUUCCGGUCGCAGGGCUCGCCCUCCAAGGUUGCGCCCGAAGACCAGAAGAAGACGUGGUCGGCGCCCGCCGAGCCCGUGGUGCACCUAGCGUCGCCCUCAAACUCCUGCUCCCUCGGUGCUCGCAUGUGCUUCCGUGUGUCCAACAUGGACACGUGCGAGGCCACGCCCUCACAGUCCUGAGACACGCCGCCCCGUCC